AUGACCGCAGCACAAAAUGGAACUCAGACCUCUUCUAAGGUCAGAGAGUGCAUCCCUCGCCCUUCGACGACCAGCGCGACAUCAUCAUCUCCUACAUCCACGCCAAAAGCCCUGCCGAGAAACUUUGGCAUGAUCAUCAACCGGGCCUUUGAGAUGCUCGAUGUAUUUGGACCCCUUGACGCCCUCGGAUUGCUGGCCAAGAACCACCAAAUGAACUUAUAUCUCAUCUCCGAGACAAUGGACCCCGUCACCGUCGAGCCCGUUUCCGCUGCCAUGAACGCCAAAAACUCGAGUUUCUUCCCCCAAAUCCUCCCGACGCACACAUACGCAACGGCACCAAAGGACGUUGAAGUCCUCAUGGUCCCCGGCGGCCUCUGGACGCGCUCGCCCAACCUCAACGCCACGAUCUCCUACAUCAAGACGACCUACCCGAGCCUGCGCUACCUCAUCUCCAUCUGCACCGGCGCCUCCGUCGUGGCCCGCGCCGGCGUGCUCGACGGCCGCCGCGCGACGACGAACAAGGCCUCGUGGGCGAGCACCGUCGUCCACGGGCCGCGGACAGAGUGGGUGGCGAAGGCGCGGUGGGUCGUCGACGGCAACGUGUGGACUUCGUCGGGUGUGUCUGCGGGCAUCGACGCGACGCUGGCUUUCAUCGAAGAGGUGUAUGGCGGGGAGGAGGCGGCGUCGAUUGCUGAUUUGAUGGAGUAUGAGAGGCAUGCGGACGCGAGUUGGGAUCCGUUUGCUGAGAAGUUCAAUGUCACGGGUUCGGCAUGA